ACUCAUCUUAUGCUUUGCGUCGGCAUUCAGUCAGACCAACGACAAAACAGCAGGAAGCGUCAUAUCUCCGUUCUCCACCCGAUCAUUUUUCAUCCAACGUUCAUCAACCUUUUGACUACCUUUUGCAUGCUUGCCACGUAGUCAAAUGAUGUGAUUCCCCCAAAAAAAACACACACUAUUCCCCUUCCCCCCUUUCUUACCUGAAAUUCGCUGAUAUGGAACUCCGGCUUCUCACCUCCUCCACACCCAAAACUUCUCUAUAUGGUCUCUGAUUCGCGACUUUCAAACUUCAAUUCGAAGAUCUUUACUUGCUUCACCACUGGAUCUUGCUAUUUAUCUCCGAUUUUCUUAGGGUUGAUGCAAAACCUAUCUGGGAUUUGAUUCGAUUCGAUUCAGUUCAGCAGGAUGAGUCAGGAGAUAAAGUUACAUGGAGAUGUUUACUUUGGUAAUGUCAAGGGUAAACUCCCCCAUGGCAUGGGUAGCUACACAUGGUCAGAUGGCACAGUUUAUGAUGGGAAUUGGGAAGAUGGAAAGAUGUGUGGUAGAGGUCGAAUCUCAUGGUCAUCUGGAACAAGUUAUGAGGGUGAUUUUUCUGGUGGAUAUCUCCAUGGUUUUGGCAAAUUAACAACUCCUGAUGGAUCUGUAUACAAAGGGUCAUGGAGAUUGAACAUUCAAAAUGGUGUUGGAAGAAAGGAGUAUAGUAAUUCCGAUGUUUAUGAUGGUUGUUGGAAAGAUGGAGUUCAUGAAGGAAGUGGAAAGUACGCUUGGGGGAAUGGAAACACGUAUAUAGGGAACUGGAAAUCUGGUAAAAUGUUUGGUAGAGGGGUAAUGAAAUGGGUAAAUGGUGACCUUUUUGAUGGAUCUUGGUUAAACGGGUAUAGACAUGGGUCGGGUGUUUAUAGGUUUUCAGAUGGUAGUUACUAUUUUGGGACAUGGACAAAAGGGCUUAAAGAUGGUCAAGGCACAUUUUAUCCUGCAGGAAGUAAAUGCUCAUCUUUUAGAAAGAAAGCUCAUUCUCAAAGAUUCAGGGAUCCAGAACGUAAUGUUACUCGAACUUAUUCUGAAAAAAUUACUUUUAGUAGUUUUUUUAGAGAGUCGGGUCGUAUAACAAGCAGGAGAAUCCCGCCGGAUGACGAUUAUACCCUUGGGGAUUCCACUAGAGAGUUUUCUACUUCUGAGAGAACAGAAAUGUUUUCUCAUAUCUCAGAUGAAGGUGAAAGUGAAGUAGAUGAUGAUAGUACUGUGGCAUGGGAAAGGGAGUACAUGCAAGGCGUUUUAAUGAAAGAACGUGUUAAGAAUCAUUCAGGGGCGUUAUCGUCCAAAAGCAAACAAAAUAAACGUAUCACAAACGAAUCGAAACAGAAAUCAUGUGUGGAUAUUUUUGAAGGUCAUAAAAGCUACUGUUUGAUGCUCAAUCUUCAACUAGGCAUCAGGUACACAGUUGGCAAGAUUACACCAGUUCCUAUGCGUGAAGUGAGGUCUUCAGACUUUGGGGAACGUGCUAGAAUAAGGAUGUAUUUCCCAAGAAAAGGCUCACAAUUUACACCUCCACACUACUCUGUUGACUUUCAUUGGAAAGACUACUGUCCCAUGGUCUUCAGGAAUUUGAGAGAGAUGUUUAAGUUAGACGCUGCAGAGUAUAUGAUGUCAAUCUGUGGGGAUGAUGGAUUGAGAGAGCUUUCUUCUCCAGGGAAAAGUGGCAGCUUAUUUUAUCUCUCUCAUGAUGACAGAUUUGUAAUCAAGACUCUAAGAAGAUCUGAGCUCAAGGUUCUGUUGAAGAUGCUUCCUAGCUAUUAUGAUCAUGUUAAAAAGUAUGACAACACUUUGAUCACCAAGUUUUUUGGACUCCACGAGAUAACACUAAGAGGUGGCAAGAAGGUGCGGUUUAUAGUGAUGGGAAAUAUGUUCAAAACAGAAUUACGGAUACACAGGAGGUAUGAUCUGAAGGGUUCAUAUCAAGGAAGAUUUACAUGUAAGGAUCAUAUAGACGAAGGCACCACAUUAAAAGACCUUGAUCUUGCAUAUGAAUUUCAUAUGGACAGGACAUUGCGUGAGGCCCUUUUCGAGCAAAUCCAGCUAGACUGUUCGUUUUUAGAAUCUCAGCAGAUUAUUGAUUAUAGUCUUCUACUUGGAUUGCAUUUUAGAGCUCCUGAGCAUUUGAAGGCUCUAUUGGAAGCACCAGAUGCAGAGCAUGGGUCUUCUUCAUCUCUUGAAUUCGAUGAUGGUUCAAAAUCGGGUGAGCUGUCAAUCCCUCCAACGGGUCUUCUCCUAGUGACACAUGAACCCAGUUCAGUGAACACUGCACCUGGUCCUCACAUAAGAGGAAACACCUUAAGAGCAUUUUCUGUAGGCGACAAAGAAGUCGAUCUCCUUCUUCCAGGAACUGGAAGAUUACGAGUGCAAUUAGGGGUAAACAUGCCAGCUCAGGCAAACCGGAAAGUUUCACAAGAGGUUUCUGGUUCAACAGAGGUGGAGCUUUUUGAGGUAUAUGAUGUUGUUCUAUAUCUUGGAAUAAUUGAUAUUCUACAAGAUUAUAACAUGAGAAAGAAAAUAGAGCAAGCCUGUAAAUCCGUACGAUAUGAUCCCAAUUCAAUAUCUGUUGCUGAUCCCAAAUUUUACUCCAAACGUUUCAUCAAUUUUCUUCACAAGGUUUUUCCUGUUGAUCCCUGAAACUCCAUCAAGAUUCUUUUAUUAUACCUAUACCCCCCCAAGUAUAUAGUUUUUCCUUUUAAUUAAUAUUAUCCUUUUUCUUGUAACUUUUUAUGUAUCAUAUUCUCUCUCUUUUUUUU